AUGGACCUUGACCUAAAGAGUAAAAAAUAUACUACAAAUAUAGGAGACAAGAUGAAGAGAAGAUACGUGAGCGACGACGAGCUUGACCCACUCAGCGAACGGAGAAAAGCAGGGAAACCCGGCAGAUCAUCACGAGAACCACCAAAGAUACCAGAAAAAGCAAAACCAUGGAGACCAACACCCAAACCAAGAACAGUGCUGCCAAUACUGAGACCAACAACAGCGCUCCCAAGAACAAGACCAAUACCGAGACCAAGAACAAGACCACUAAUGACCAAACCAACAACAGCGCUCCCAAGAACAAGACCAAUACCGAGAUCAAGAACAAGACCACUAAUGCCAACAGCCGGACCGAAAACAUACACCUCAAGCGUGCACAUUAAUCUAGUGAAACCCAAAACGAUAUCAGUGGCAAGCAUAACACCAAGACAAACGCAAACACCUCCAACCAAGCAGGCAAAGCCAACGGUAAAAUCGUCAAUCAAAAUAAACCUUAAAAAACCAGCAGUAACACAACCGAAACCCAAAACCAGAAAACCUGAUAGGAAAAUGAGGGAAGUUGAACCGCAACCCAAUUUGCUACAAUACACUGUACCGCAGAUAGACCCAUUUGGUACAGAUCUACAGAAGCCUAAUCACAGGAAGAUAGAGACUGCAGCCAAUGGAGCGGCUGUCACGUACUCCAUAUCACCGGCACACAUAGGCCCACUGGAUCCGCUAACCUCCAGCAGACAGGUU